AUGGUAAUAUUUAGUCUCGUCAAGGCUUGUCUAGUCUCCUCUUUCCUAGCAGCCAGUUGUCUGGCGCUCGGAAGACAGCGUGGUUCAGGCUCUCUUGGCCACACCUUCCGUGACAUAGGACACGCAACCGUUCAUACACCAGCAUCAUCGGCAUUCGUUGCCAGUGGUAGGAGUCAAUUCAACUCAUAUGCCUCCCAGCACACUAGAGAUCACUCUCGCGCCCUGGGAGCCAAACCAAAAGAGAUCAUUUUGGCCGAUGAAUGCCGAAACAAUCUACUUAAAGGUGUUAGCACGGUAGCUGAUACCGUACGUGUGACAUUGGGACCCAGAGGUAGAAAUGUGCUACUGGAAAAGGAAUAUGGCUCACCGAUCAUUGUUAACGAUGGUGUUACUAUUGCACGAAAUAUCGAACUGGAAGACCGAAAGAUGAAUGCAGGAGCCAAGUUGAUACAAGAAAUUGCUACAGCAUCAGAUGACAGAGCUGGUGAUGGUACAACAUCAACAUCCAUUCUAGCAGCUGAAAUUGCGAAAAAAGGGGUAGAAUAUGUUAACCAGGGACAUAACCCUAUACCGAUACAAAAAGGUAUACAAAAAACAUCAAAACUCAUCAUUGAAGAACUCAAGAGCCUAAGCAAACCAGUAGACGGGUACAAGGACCUGCUAAAUAUCGCUACAGUAGCUACAAGUGGAAACACUGUAAUGGGUGAAGUCAUCGCAAAGGCAUUUGACAAACUAGGUGCUAACGCCGCAACAGUAUUGGAGGAAAAUCCAGCACUAGAGGAUGAACUGGAUUUCACCGAAGGAUACACAUUCGAUAGGGGGUUCGCUAACCCAUACUUCUUACUGGGGGAAGAAAAGGAUAGCAUCGAAUGGAGUGUACCUCAAAUACUAGUAUCAGAUGGAAAGAUAGAAAGCGCACAAUCAGUGUUACCAAUUUUGGAACAUGCAGCAAAAAGCAAGACACCGUUAGUUAUUGUUGCGGAGGACUUUGGACCAGAUGCCAUGCAAACAUUCAUUAUUAACAAGAUGAGAGGUAUGCUCAAGGUAGUAGCUGUUAAAGCACCAUCAUUCGGUGAGCGCAGAAAAGAAUACUUACAGGAUAUAGCCGUAGCAACAGGAUCGACUUUCGUAUCACAAGAUGUUGGUAUAGGCUUCAAUGAUCUAACUGUGGAUAUGCUAGGUAUGGCCAAAAGUGUAGUGAUCAAAAAAGACCGUACUUCAAUACUUACACUGCCACAGUUCAAUGAAGCAAUCAAACGGCGCAUUAAAACGUUGUUAAAUGAAAAGGAAAAAUCAACAUCAAGUUUCGACAAACAAAAAUUGGGUGAACGCAUAGCAGCAUUAUCUGGUGGUAUCGCACGUAUACGUAUAGGAGCAGCUACGGAAACAGAACUGAAAGAGAAACGGUUACGUUAUGAAGAUGCCAUUAAUGCCGUUAGGGCAGCCAUGGAAACCGGAUUUGUUCCCGGUGGUGGUGUGGCAUACCUGGCCAUGCAGUCACCCGAGUUCACAGCUAAAGCCGAAAAACACAUCACAGAAACUGUCAAAAAUGAAAUGAGACCAAGUGAUCCGGAACUAGAAGGAGAAAAGGAUGAAGAUGUAGAAAGUGAGAUCGCCUUAGAACAAGCAGGAGCAAAGAUAGUACUUGAUGCAAUGUCAAUUAUCACAAGACAAAUCGCCGAUAACGCCGGUGCUAGUGGAGACAAGGUUGUUGAACGUAUCAAAAAUAGCGGGAAACCAUUCGGAUAUGGAUGGAACGCAAAGACUAACAACUAUGGAGAUAUGAUCAAACAGGGAGUUAUCGAUCCAACCAAGGUGGUAAUGAAUGCCGUUGAAAACGCAUCAUCAGUAGCGGGGCUCAUACUUACCACCGAAGGUAUGAUGGUGGAAAAGGAGACUGAAAAGAAAAAGGCUGAAAAUGGGUCCAUCGAGGACGCAUACGAGUGA